AUCCCACUGGCCAGGAAGUUUCAUCUGGGAUCCCGGGAGCCUCGGCAAUGGCUCCAGGGUGACUUCUUGGGCCAUCCCCGUUUCCCCGCCCUACCCAAGCGGCUGAAAAGCGCCAGGACGGACGGUCCGAGCCGGCGAAAUGGGCCCGCGAGCCCGGCCGGCGCUUCUCCUCCUGAUACUCCUGCGGACGGUGGCCACGCAGGGACGACCGCCGCGGUCACACUCCCUGCGCUUCCUCUUCAUGGGUGCCUCCGAGCCAGACCUUGGGCUGCCCCUGUUUGAGGCCUUGGGCUACGUGGACGACCAGCUGUUCGUGUCCUACGAUCACGAGAGUCGCCGUGCAGAGCCUCGUGCCCCGUGGCUCUGGGGCAGGGCCACCAGCCAGCUGUGGCUGCAGCUGAGCCAGAGCCUGAAAGGCUGGGAUCACAUGUUCAUCGUGGACUUCUGGACCAUCAUGGACAACCACAACCAGAGCAAGGUAACGAAGCUGGGAGUGCCGCCAGAGUCCCACACCCUGCAGGUGAUCCUGGGCUGUGAAGUGCAAGAGGACAACAGCACCAGAGGGUUCUGGAAGUAUGGGUACGAUGGGCAGGACCAUCUUGAAUUCCGCCCUGAGACGCUGGAUUGGAGAGCAGCAGAGCCCAGGGCUCGGACCACCAAGCUGGAGUGGGAAGUGAACAAGAUUCGGGCCAAGCAGAACAGGGCCUACCUCGAGCGGGACUGCCCUGGGCAGCUGCAGCGCUUGCUGGAGCUGGGGAGAGGGGCCCUGGACCAGCAAGCGCCUCCUUUGGUGAAAGUGACUCAUCACGUGGCCUCUGCAGUGACCACUCUACGGUGUCAGGCUCUGAACUUCUACCCCCAGGACAUCACCAUGAGGUGGUUGAAGGACAGGCAGCCACUGGAUGCCAAGGACAUUGAGCCUGAGGACGUGCUGCCCAACGGGGAUGGAACCUACCAGGGCUGGGUGGCUUUGGCCGUGCUCCCUGGGGAAGAGCAGAGAUACAGCUGCCAGGUGGAGCACCCAGGCCUGGAUCAGCCCCUCACUGCCACCUGGGAGCCCUCGCUGUCUGGCACCCUGGUCACUGGAAUCAUCACUGGAAUUGCUGUCUGUAUCAUCCUCUUCCUUAUUGGAAUUUUGUUCAGAAUCUUGAGGAGAAGGCAGGCUUCCAGAGGAGCCACAGGGGACUAUGUCUUAGCCGAAUGUGAAUGAAGUGCAGCCUGCAGACUCCUUGUGGGGAAAGAGAGGGUGCACUUGAGGCGUUCUUCAUGUUCCCGGACAGCUGGACCUAAGAAAUAGGAACUGUCUCAGGAACUCUCUGCUCUUAGCCUUCCCCGUUCACUGUCAAAAAGUUCCCCAUCUAGGUUUCUGAGUCCCUGCUUGUUAAAGGGCCCCAGUUGUGACCUCUCCCCGAGAACUGGCUCUCCUGAAUCCCAAGCUGCAUCUAGAGCCUGCCUCCAUUUCCUGCAUCACCUCAGACUCCAUACAUCUACGUCAUCUCAUCUCCUAACGGUGGAAUGAGGCUCCUUAAAUUUGGGGGGACUUGUGAUUCCUUUAAACAUCUGAGAAUAGCUUUGAACCUUCUCCUCGGGACAUACACUCUAGUACCCCUACCAGAAUUUGACACACACAUCCAGGCAAUUCCUGGACCCACUCAAAUUUCCUUUUAACCCUCUCUCUGUUAUACAAGAACUCACCUGUUUCCAAGCCCCGUGGUCUCUUCCAUCAGAGGGAGACCUGGACCGUUGUACAGCGUGAAGGUUGUGCACUGCACAACCCGAGGAGGGACCCUUUCCAGAAGAGGCAUCAUGGAUGUUUGUGCGUGUUAUGAUAGUCUUCCCGAAAAUGGGUGGGAAGUGUCUUGAGGAGGGAAUGUCUUUUUCUAAUUUGCACAAAGGUGCCAUGUAGGUUUCCUUAGGUUAAUGAUAGCCGCACUUACAAUGCCAGACUUGAAGUAGCACAGGAUUUGAUCUCUGCUCACAGCUUCUCCUUGUUCUGACAAAGAAAAUGAUAAUUAAGAUGAUGAUGAUAAUGAUAA